AUGGCAGACGUUCCCCUUUACGUCAUCUCCGCCAACACCUCCUCGGAGCGGCGCAUCACCCCCGCGUGGUCGAUCAGCACCCUGCGCUCCAAGCUUGAGCACAUUACCGGGGUGCCUCCUUCUUCUCAGAAGCUCUCAUUGAAGACGCCAGCUGGCAGUCAACCCAUCGAGGCUGUCGACGAAGAUGCUGUCACCCUGACCAGCUACCCCCUGGCUCCCUACGCAGAAUUACAUGUCGUGGACACGCGCCCCAUCAACGCUCAGCCCAACUUUAAUGACACGAGCGUCGAAAAGUUUGUCCUCCCUGUUGAGGAGUACGAGAAGAAGACAGACUCGGUCCUUGCCUGGAAGAAGGCUCAGAAGCUGGGCCGCUUCGACCCCGACGCCCCGAGCCAUGAGCAGGCCAAGAUUGAAGCGUUCGAACGCGACAUUCAGCAGCGCGGCAUCGCCGCUGGCCGUCGGUGCCGCGUUGGCGGCGAUGACACGAGGCGCGGCGUCAUCAAGUAUGUGGGGGAGGUGCCCGCGAUCCCAGGCGGCGCGGGGCCAUGGGUUGGCGUUCACCUCGACGAGCCGGUGGGGAAGAACGACGGCAGUAUCCAGGGGACGCGUUACUGGGGCGAGGAGUCUGCGCUGAAGCAUGGCGUCUUCGUCCGCCCGGAGCGCGUGGAAGUGGGGGAUUGGCCUGUGCUGGAUGAUUUGGAUGAUAUGGAGGAGAUUUAG